GCUGCUCCCACCACGACUACAGCUGCUCCCACCACAACUACUGCUGCACCCACAACAACUACUGCUGCACACACAACAACCACAGCUGCACCCACCACGACUACAGCUGCUCCCACCACAACUACUGCUGCACCCACAACAACUACUGCUGCACCCACAACAACCACAACUGCACCCACCACGACUACAACUGCACCCACAACAACUACAGCUGCUUCCACCACAACUACUGCUGCACCCACAACAACCACAGCUGCACCCACCACGACUACAGCUGCACCCCUAACAACUACAGCUGCUUCCACAACAACUACAGCUGCUCCCACCUCAACUACUGCUGCUCCCACAACUACUACAGCUUCACCCACAACAACUACAGCUGCACCGACAACAACUACUGCUGCUCCCACAUCAACUACUGCUUCUCCCACCACGACUACAGCUGCACCCACAACAACUACAUCUGCUCCCACCACAACUACUGCUGCACCCACAACAACCACAGCUGCACCCACCACGACUACAGCUGCACCCACAACAACUACAGGUGCUCCAACGACAACUACAGCUGCUCCAACAACAACUACAGCUACAACUACAGCUGCUCCCACAACAACUACAGCUGCUCCCAUCACAACUACUGCUGCACCCACAACAACUACAGCUGCACCCACAACAACUACUGCUGCUCCCACCACAACUACAGCUGCUCCCACCACAACUACUGCUGCACCCACAACAACUACUGCUGCACCCACAACAACCACAGCUGCACCCACCACGACUACAGCUGCUCCCACCACAACUACUGCUGCACCCACAACAACUACUACUGCACCCACAACAACCACAGCCGCACCCACCACGACUACAACUGCACCCACAACAACUACAGCUGCUCCAACAACAACUACAGGUGCACCCACCACAACUACUGCUGCUCCCACAUCAACUACUGCUUCUCCCACCACGACUACAGCUGCACCCACAACAACUACAGCUGCACCCACAACAACUACAGCUGCUCCCACCACAACUACUGCUGCACCCACAACAACCACAGCUGCACCCACAACAACUACAGCUGCUUCCACCACAACUACUGCUGCACCC